UGGUGAGGCCGAAAUUAAGCAGUUUAGAAAUUGCAGAGCCCUCUGUCGGAGUGGCGAAGAAAAGGAAGAUAUUGGAUGUGCAGAAAGCGAUGAAUAAGCAAAACGACGUUGCUCUGUUCCUUGCGGGGAAAGUAAUUUCUGCCGUAGCCAAAAACUGUAACUUCGUCUUCUCUCCGACAUCUAUUAAGGCCGUACUCACCAUGGUCGCUGCUACCUGCGAAGAGGAAACAUUAAGGUCCUCCAUCGUUUCCUUUCUUAGGUCUUCUUCCACCGACGAGCUCAACUCCGUCUUCAGCGAAAUCGCUUCUCUCGUCCUUUUGGAUGGAAGCAAAGGAGGUGGGCCAAAGAUUUCGUCGGUUAAUGGAGUGUGGAUAGAGAAAUCAAUCUCGUGUAGCCCCGAGUCGAAAGAUCUCUUUGAUAACUUUUUCAAGGCUGCUUUCGCCAAAGUUGAUUUCAUAUCCAAGUCUGCUGAAGUACGUGAGGAGGUGAAUUCGUGGGCUUUACAUCACACCAAUGGUCUCAUCAAAGAUCUUCUUCCUCCUGGAUCCGUUACAAACGAGACCGCUCAGAUUUACGGCAACGCAUUGUACUUCAAAGGAGUUUGGCAAAACAAAUUCGAUAAGUCAAUGACGCAACACAAACCUUUUCACCUUCUCAGUGGAACCUCAGUGUCUGUGCCAUUCAUGACAAGCUCUAAGCAGCAAUGCGUUGAGGAUUAUGAUGAUUUCAAGGUUCUCAAGCUUCCUUAUCUACCAGGUGAUGAUGGUACCAACCGCUAUUUCUCAAUGUAUAUCUAUCUCCCGGACAAAAAAGGUGAAUUUGAUAAUCUUUUGGAGAGAAUGACAUCUACUCCUGGAUUCUUGGAUAGUCACAUUCCGAGUGAAAGCGUUAAACUUGGUGAAUUCAGAAUACCAAAGUUUAAGACUGAAUUCGGGUUUGAAGCUUCAACGGUUUUCGUCGAUGACUUUAACCUUAAUGUAUCAUUGCACCAUAAAGCUUUGAUUGAGGUGGAUGAAGAAGGUACUGAAGCCGCAGCUGCUACUGCUCUACGUAAACCUAUUGGUGGUGGCGGGAGGGUACAGAAGAUAGAUUUUGUGGCAGAUCAUCCAUUUCUUUUCUUGAUUAGAGAAGACACAACCGGUACUGUUUUGUUCGGUGGUCAAAUAUUCGAUCCUUCCAAAUCUUCUUCUGCUUAGGACCCGGCUUUCAUUAAUCGGACUAGAGUUUGGUCUAUAAAUUUGGUUAAUUUCUCUGUCGUUUUCAGGUUUUCUUUCUGAACUUAUGAUUCGCUAAAUUAUAUACAUUCAUCAGUUUUAACCAAAAAUUGAUUU